GAUGAUGGAUAAAGAAGAGGUGGUGUAUAUGUAUGUGUAUACACACACACAAUAAUAUACAAUUUCAUAUUUAUAUAAUAGAAUAUUACACAGCCAUAGACAAGAAUGAGAUCUUGCUAUUUGGGACAACAUGAUGGACCCAGGGGGUAUUAUGCCAAGUGAAAUAAGCCAGGCAGAGAAAGACAAAUAUCACAUAAUUCACUUAUGUGUGGGAUCUAAAAAAACAGACUAAUAAAUACAAAUUGGUGGUUGCAGGGGCAGGGAUGGGCAAAAUUGGUGAAGGGGAUUAAGAGGUACAAACUUACAGUUAUAAAAUGAAUAAGUCAUGGGGAUGAAAAGUACAGUAUAGGGAAUGUAGUCAGUAAUGUAAUAAGGUGGCAGAUGGCAACUAUGCUUGUGGUGAGCAUUGUGGAAUGUAUGGAAUUGUGGAAUCACUAUUUUGUACACCUGAGACUUAGGUAACAUUGUAUGUCAACUAGACUUCAAUUAAAAAAAAAAAAGAUUGAGAAAAGAUAAUUUCAUUCCCCAAAGGGGCAAAAAUCAUAUGGGUGUUCAUUUAAGUCUCAAUACGAGGUUUGUAAAAUGAAAGCCACAGUGGAGCAAUAAAGGAAGAUACUAAUGAAUAGUAAUAGCCUCUUCCUGGUUGGAGAGACUAAAGACAACCGAGAUGACACUGGGCCCAGUAGGGCCAGAGCGCCAUGUGAGGCCUGAUCAGACUGCGUUGGAAGCUCCAGGCAGCAGUGGCGGGUUCCUGCAUCCCCCAGCGGGUGGAGUUGGCUGGCACCACCUGGUGCAGGCUCGGGAAGCCCGCCCCUCCGGAGAUCAGGCCUGCUUGCCCCGGGGUGGGGCCUUGGGAGAGCUGGCCUGGGGAACUGGUUGUGGGAGUGCCCAAGUCCUGGAGUCCAGAGGCCCAGGAGACAUGGCGGCCCCCCGAGACGCUCAGAUAUGGAAGGACGUGCAGACCUACUAUGGGCAGGUGCUGAAGAAAUCAGCAGAUCUCCAGACCAGUGUCUGUGUCACUGCCGACAGGCUGGUCCCCAAGCACAUCCGGGAAGCUUUGACGAAUAUACAUGAAGAAGUAGCCUUGAGGUAUUAUGGCUGUGGUCUGGUCAUCCCUGAGUGUCUGGAAAACUGCUGGAUUUUGGACCUGGGCAGUGGAAGUGGCAGAGAUUGCUAUGUACUGAGUCAGCUGGUCGGUGAGACAGGACAUGUCACUGGGAUAGACAUGACGGAAAGUCAGGUAGAAGUGGCUAAGAAGUAUAUUGAGUAUCACAUGGAAAAAUAUGGCUUCCAGACACCCAAUGUGACUUUUCUUCAUGGCUACAUAGAGAAUCUGGAGGAGACUGGAAUAAAGAAUGAGAGUUACGAUAUUGUUAUAUCAAAUUGUGUCAUUAACCUUGUGCCCAAUAAGGAACCCGUGCUGCAGGAGGCGUACCGAGUGCUAAAGCACGGGGGGGAGCUGUAUUUCAGUGACGUCUAUGCUAGCCUUGAAUUGCCAGAAGAAAUCAGGACACACAGAAUUUUAUGGGGUGAGUGCCUGGGUGGUGCUUUAUACUGGAAGAACCUUGCCAUCCUUGCCCAAAAAAUUGGUUUCUGCACUCCACGUUUGGUCACUGCCAAUCUCAUUACAGUUCAAAACAAGGAAUUAGAAAGAAUGAUAGGUGACUGUCGUUUUGUUUCUGCAACAUUUCGCCUCUUCAAACUCCCUAAGACAGGACCAGCCAAAAGAUGCCAAGUGAUUUACAAUGGAGGAAUCACGGGACACGAAAAAGAACUAAUAUUUGAUGCAAAUUUCACAUUUAAGGAAGGUGAAAUUGUUGAAGUGGAUGAAGAAAUGGCAGCUAUCUUGAAGAAUUCCCGAUUCACCCAGAAUUUUCUGAUCAGACCAAUUGGAGAGAAGCUGCCAGCAUCUAGUGGCUGUUCUGCUUUAGGAUCAAAGGGUGUAAUCACAGAUCCUUUCAAGCUUGCAGGAGAGUCCAACAAUGCAAAUCCCGGAUGUUCUUCUGAUGUUGCUGGAGGCUGCUGUCUGUAAUUUACAGCUGACCAGAAGAAAGGAGCAGACGGUGAAGGACUUACGUGUCCUUUAAUCUCCUCUUCCCCAUAGCACAGACCAUAAGAAAGAAUAAAUGGUGAAAAGCCACUAUGUUCUAGAUCAUUGCUAAAAAUAAUGAAUUAUUUUUUGGAAGAUAUUAAUUGAAGGUUCGUAGCAAAUGACAUAAAGGCGGGUUUUCCUCUCUUUGCUAAUUCAAAGUUCUGGUGCCACCUAGUGGUCAGAUUUGGAACUGAGACACAGUCUUCGGGCUUGGCCAAUGAGCAAGAAGGGCUUCAGGAGUCUCAGGAAAAACAUCUUCCUUCUGACCUGCAUAGCACCUUUUGGACUUUCACCGUGUUUGCUCAUAAAACAAAGCUCCAACUGAAAUCAUGCUAAUCAUGCCAAAAAAAUUGCAAAAUCAAAUUUGGUAGGAGUGCUCUUAAGAUAUCUUCUAAAUCAAACACUUUUUUUUGGUAAUUGAAUGAAGAAAACAAUUGAAUAAUGAAUCUCUUUGACCUCAUUAGAUCCUAAAGAAUGACAACAUUGUGACUAUCUGUAGUAAAUCUUAGCCGGAUCAGGAAAAGAGUGAUAAUUUUUAAAAAGAGAGGUAGGAGAUAUAAAAACAGUGGGUUUUCUUUUCCUUUAUAAUGUGUCCCUGUUAAACUUUUAGGAAACUAUUAGAUUUAGUUCUAGCUUCCAUAGUUAAAGAAUGAGGUUGAGGACUAUUUCAGGAUGAUGUCAUCAUUAGAAACGAGAACGUUAUUUAAUUGAAGUCCAGUUGCACUUGAAGACUUUGUCAGGGGACACAGAAAGGUGUAAGUCAUAUAUAAGCCAUGGUCCUUGUCAUCAGGAGCUGAUCAGUUCUUUAAUAACAGCCUUAAGCAUGAAGAGUUUUAAUGAGAAAAAGCUCAGCCAGUUGCUCUGACUUCAGUGCAAAAUAACAAGGGGGGAAUGGCAUGACCCAAGAGAUUUUUUAUUAGGGUUAUGAGAAUAUUUGUAAAACAUUGGAAUGGAUUCUAUAUUCCAGACCCCUCUUUUAAUAAAGCUGUUAAAAAUGGAGAAAUUCUCAGAUUUCUGAGUGGGUUCAGCCAUAGGAACUAACUUACUACUACAGAAUAAGAAGAGGACUGGGUCAUAUCUUUUAAGAUCUAUUCAUCUCUGUGACCUUGAUUCGAAACAGUGUUUUCAUGGUUCUAGAGUUCAGUAUCUACUCAGCCGUAACCUACUUCAGUGACAGCAUUAGUUAGACCAGUACAGGUGGGAUUAAGCAUACUUCACCAUCCAUGAGCCCAAGGUGGUCCUACUAUAGGGGGAAAGGAUGAAAAGAGAGGACAUUCUGGUUAUUGGUUUAUUAGGCUUUUCUAAAUUUAGAGAGAGGAGGUUUUAGGCAAUUACUUGUCAUUCUGAAUUCUCAGUUCCCCCAAAAGAUGAUGAGGGAUGAGUGUGAACUGGAAUGUGGAAACUCGUGUUGGGCUUUUCCUAAGAGUAACCUACUUUAUACAUUAUCUUCCAACAAAAUAUACAUCGUAAGAACUGUAUGUGAUCUAGAAUCUAGACAAAAUAUUAACUACAUAAUAUAAAAUAAAGUAGACAUGUUCUGUUCAUAAAAAAUGCCAUACGUGGUUAUUUAAAUAUUCAAAAUAGGUGAGAGACAACUAGGAGCAGACGUCCCUUCUCACAGAGGAUGCCUCUCCAUUAAGCGUGGAAAGCAGUGUGGAAUGAGGAGGAGGAGCAGAAGUCUGAUGGCAAACUUGAUGGUUCUUUUCCCACUUGGCAUUUUGGCCUUGAGAAAAUUAUUUAACAUCUCUGUGCCUUUGUUCCCUCGUCUGCAUGAAGUUCUUUGAAAGGGUGGGUGGCACAUGGUUUAAAUUGUUAUUAGUUUGGAUCUAUAUGGUUGCCACCAGCAUGUGAUGGCAGGACCAGCUGAAGACCAACUUGCUGCCAGAGCAUGGUUUAAGAAGCUGCCUGUAGCUCUUUGGACAGCAGACAACUUUCCCCUCAACAU